AUGUUCAAUUGCUUGUAUGACAUACAGUUAUGUUCAGAUUUUAUUUUUCGAUUAUUUUCUUGUUCAGAUGGAUUUUAUCUACCAGCAGAAUCUGAAGAUUAUGUUGGAGAACCCGAGCCAUGCAAUGCGCGAUGCCAAAAUAAAGGGCAAUGUUUCCUCUCGUCCUUCUGUAUUUGUCCGAAAGGAUUUUCUGGACGAUAUUGUGAAAUUUCUCUUGAUGAACAGUGCGGAACCUUCCCAUCGAUGACCAGAAUGGAAAUCGAUUGUGUCCUAUGCAUAUGCUACAAUGGUAUAUUUAUGUGUGAUGUUCUACCCACUGGUUUUUGCAGGCCUAAGUUCCACAAGUCUAUGAAUCGUUCCAUACGUAUUAAUCAUGCGUUUCAUGUUCUACAAUAUCGUUUCAAACAUAUUCAAUCAUUUGAACCAAUGACGAGAUAUAAUGUAACAUUAGACGAUGACAUUCAGCCGAUCAAUUUGCAUGGCUAUCGAAUUCUUCUCAAUCAUUGCUCAUCAGCGGUUUCAUCGAUAUUUUUUAUUUUGUUUGGUUGUUUAUUAUCUAUGUCUUUGAAGAUUUUCUCUGUAUUAUAA